AUGGAAUUGCCAUUAUUUAACUUGGCCGCUGUUGUUUGUGCAACCAAAAUUUUUUCAAACAACAAUAAACUUGGAGAAGGUGGUUUCGGAUCAGUCUUUAAGGGUACAUUUAAAGAUGGACAAGAAAUAGAUGUGAAAACGCUCUCAAAACAUUCUAGACAAGGACUCAAUGAGUUGAAGAAUGAGCGUAACCUGGCAGAUAGACCGAGCAUGACAGCUGCAGUUGUAAUGCUAAGUGGUGAAGGGUCAUUGCCUCAACCUCAAAAACCUGGUUUUUAUAGUGAAUGGGAUCUCAAUCAACUCGAAGUCGAUCCUUCGCCUUAA